AUAUUCGCAUGAUGUUUCAUUUUAGGAUGGUAGUGUCCACGAUAUUAUCUUAUCAAUCCAACUCUUAGCGUACUCAAGGUGAAAAUGACAGCGUUGAUAUUUUAUCAACUGAUAUCAAUAAUAAAUAAGUUUCGCGUAUAUUUUUAUUCAACUAAUUGAAUAAUAUGUUAGUAAGUCGAGAGAUUAUUUACAAUUGCAAACAUCUUGUGUUUUGAACUUGGCCUAAUUCUGUUUGGAAAGGUAUGUCUUCAACCUACAAAGACGAUUUAGAAAGUAAAGGCUUUCUGCCUUUUCACCUCGAUCACCUGACACCUCAUAUGAUACAAAAAGCAAAGCAGGAACUGAACGAAACCGAGAGCACGCGCUCUUCUUCAAUCAAGCAACUAAGAGAAUUAAUUAAAAAGGAAAAGAACUUUCAGUGUCGCAUGGAUGACGAAUUCCUCUUACAAUAUCUGAGAGCCAGGAAAUUCAACGUCAAAAAGGCCUUUGAUCGUCUUCAGACCUUCUAUCAAAUGGUGAGCAAAAGCUUCUCAGAUGUUUUCUUGCACAUGGACGAAGAGAGCGCGAAAAAGGCGAUUAGAACGGGAUUCAUGAGUCACUUGCCAUACAGAGAUAAAGAUGGAGCUGCCAUUGUCGGCUUCAAAAUGAGCAACUGGAACACCGAAGAGCUCGACGCCUUCAGCGUCAUGAAUUGUUGCGGUAUCGUAAUCCAGUCAGCCAUAGAUUAUCCGGCCACUCAGGUAUGUGGUGUCCAACUUCUGAUCGAUUGCAAAGGAACCUCAGUGCAGCACAUGACGUGUCUUACACCCAGGCUUCUCUAUCUGGUAUCAAAAGGUCUCCGGGGUGCUAUGGCAAUACGCUUUAAAGGCGUUCAUCUAAUCAACGCUUCUGCUAUAUUUCGAUAUUUAUGGGCCAUUAUCAAUGUUUUCCUUACUGAAAAACUUCGGAAGCGGAUCCACUUUCAUGAUAACAAUCUGGAAAAUUUGCACAAAUACAUCCCAAAAGAAAUUCUACCCACGGAAUAUGGAGGAGAUUGUCCCAAUUUCGACCCACACGAGUUAGGAGUAGCAGAAAUGGAGAACUUUCUACCCAAAUAUUUUCAAAUUAUGCAUGACGGCUACAGGAAAAAUUAGAUUAAUUCCAUAUAGACAUUUUUUUCUUACAACAUUGUAUAAGAUCACGAUGAAUAUGAAGUGCAUUUGAAAUUACAAAGAUUUCAAGGCAGGUGGAUUUUAGUCACAUAAAUCGUAUAAGUGUGAAAAAGUACAAAGUUUUUUAUGCAUGAAAAUAAAAUCUGUUGCUCUUCGGAAA